AUGUCGGAACCUGGAAAUUCUCGCCAAGCCCCCUUGGAGGGGUCUGCUACUGUGAGCACAAACUCUAACUCCUACAACGAGAAAUCAGGGAACUCAACCGCUCCUGGCACCGCCGGUUACAACAAUGAUCUUCCACAGGUUAAGCCCGUAUCAAGCUACGUUUCUCACGAAGGUCCUCCUAAGGACGAACUGGAAGAGCUGCAGAAGGAGGUUGACAAUCAGCUAGAAUCCAAGUCCAAGUCAGAUUUACUGUUCGUGUCCAUCUGCUGUUUGAUGGUUGCUUUUGGUGGGUUCGUCUUUGGAUGGGAUACUGGUACGAUUUCUGGUUUUGUCAGGCAAACCGACUUCAUCAGGCGGUUUGGUAGCACGCGUGCAGAUGGUACAAGCUAUCUUUCUGAUGUCAGGACUGGUUUGAUGGUUUCUAUUUUCAAUAUCGGUUGUGCCAUCGGAGGUAUAGUUUUGUCCAGGCUCGGUGACAUGUAUGGGCGUAAGAUUGGUCUGAUGAGUGUUGUUGUCAUCUAUUCGGUUGGUAUCAUCAUUCAAAUUGCAUCCAUCGACAAAUGGUACCAAUAUUUCAUUGGUAGAAUUAUCUCAGGUCUGGGUGUUGGUGGUAUCACGGUUUUGGCACCUAUGCUAAUUUCUGAGGUGUCUCCAAAACAGUUGCGUGGUACUUUAGUUUCUUGUUACCAGUUAAUGAUCACUUUCGGUAUCUUUUUGGGUUACUGUACUAAUUUUGGUACUAAGAAUUACUCAAACUCCGUUCAGUGGAGAGUUCCGUUAGGAUUAUGUUUUGCAUGGUCCAUUUUUAUGAUUGUGGGCAUGUCAUUUGUUCCUGAAUCCCCACGUUAUCUGGUAGAGGUUGGUAAAAUGGAGGAGGCCAAGCGGUCUUUAGCAAGAGCCAACAAGACCAGUGAAGACUCUCCUUUAGUUACUCUAGAAAUGGAAAAUUACCAGUCCUCCAUUGAAGCUGAAAGGUUGGCGGGCUCUGCAUCUUGGAGUGAAUUGGUUACUGGUAAACCCCAAAUGUUUAGACGUACACUAAUGGGUAUGAUGAUUCAAUCUCUACAACAAUUGACUGGUGACAACUACUUCUUUUAUUAUGGUACUACGAUUUUCCAAGCUGUUGGUUUAGAGGAUUCAUUUGAAACUGCCAUUGUUCUAGGUGUUGUUAACUUUGUUUCUACUUUCUUCUCAUUGUAUACCGUUGACCGGUUCGGUCGUCGUAAUUGCCUACUAUGGGGUUGUAUUGGUAUGAUUUGUUGCUAUGUUGUCUAUGCCUCUGUUGGUGUUACCAGACUAUGGCCAAACGGUCAAGAUCAGCCAUCUUCAAAAGGUGCAGGUAACUGUAUGAUUGUUUUUGCAUGUUUCUAUAUUUUCUGUUUUGCUACUACUUGGGCCCCUGUUGCCUACGUCCUUAUCUCUGAAUCGUAUCCUUUAAGAGUUCGUGGGAAAGCAAUGUCGAUUGCCAGUGCAUGUAACUGGAUUUGGGGCUUCUUGAUCAGUUUUUUCACCCCAUUUAUUACAUCAGCAAUUAAUUUCUACUACGGGUAUGUCUUCAUGGGUUGUAUGGUGUUCGCAUACUUUUAUGUGUUCUUUUUUGUUCCAGAGACUAAAGGCUUAACAUUAGAAGAAGUCAAUGAAAUGUAUGAAGAGCAUGUUUUACCUUGGAAAUCUAGUCAGUGGAUUCCGCCUUCUAGAAGAAGUGCAGACUAUGAUCUGGAUGCCACUAGAACCGAUCCUAGACCAUUCUAUAAGAGAAUGUUUACUAAAGGAAAGUAA